AUGUUGGUUUACCUUGAGGAUGCCACGACUCAGUUGCUGAUCAUAAAGAAUGACAUUUCGAAAAAUGACUAUCAAAAGUUUUUCUACGAUUAUUUUAUCAGCGUGAAAUUAGGCACUCACGUUCUAUUGCGUGAAUAUGCUUUCGUAUCAGCUACCCUCCACAACAGGCAGUCGUUCGUUAUGCAGUAUUAUAUAUGUUUCAACAGCAUUGGGAAGAUAUACGAAAAAAUUUCGUUAGCAGAGUAUCAUUCCUAUGCUCUGCUUCUCUGCAGCGACUUUCCAAUUUCGGUCAUGAAGAAAAAUUUUGUCGAAAAAUGUCGGAACGUAUUCAAAUCUUUAGCGAGUAAGCACUCAAACACUGUAGUUACUUCUUCGGCGACCUCGAAAAGUGAUGCGAAACUUUGGAGACAGCAUAAGUCGGAGAGCGUUCAUUGUAAAACAUACCUCCAACAUAUUUCUCAAUCGUGCAAAGAAUCUUUUAUCGAUUAG